AUACCUCCAUUCUGAAUGAAGAUGCUCUAGAAAACCCAAAACCAUUACUAACCGUCAACGACUCCAAACACAACACUAUUUUGCAAUUAAGAGCUUAUUUGGGUGAUCUUUACUCUUUAUGGAAGCAAAGGAUUGAAAAGAGAAAAUUGUUUCAGGAUGUGACCAUCGAAGGAUUUAGUUACGUUUUAUAUCUCUCAAAG